UAGUUAAUGCGAGAAACUGCGUGAUUUGGCCAUUAGGCAGAGGAGGUAGGUCAAGCUGUAUAUGAGCUGUCCAAAGAAGACAUCGUUGGACGUUACUUGUGUUUGCAUUCAACAGAUCUAUACGUCUGCGACGAACUUGCUCUCAGUGCAAUUACUAAACAUCCUAGGGCGGUUGCAUGACGCCCAGUCUAUGGAAACAAGGUAUAAAGAUGACAUGAUACCUCUUUAUCUUGGCAGGAAGACUGAAAACUAUUUUCAAUGGAGAGUGAUAGCAGUUCUAAUCAAACCACAGUGUGGGCAGCAGUGGGACAACAAGUGCAACACCAACAACAGCCACCACAGCACCCACAGCCGUCUCAAGCACAGUUGCACCAACAAGUGCAGACGCAACAAGCUGUUUUGCAGUCUGCCCAAUUUGUUGCUGCCCCUCCUCCAAAUAGCGGAACAUUUACUGUAACCACUGCUCAUCAGGGUCUCCCAAUUUUAGCUGCAACACCAGCAGUAGCAGCUGCUGCAGCUUCAAGUACAUUUACAGCACAGUAUGUUGAUUUUCAGUCACCUCAAUUUGCUACAUACCAAAUCAACAUUCCUCAUGGAGCCAAUCUCUAUCAGCCAGCACAGUCUUCAUUUGAAAGGAUUUCACCUGUGGAUGAUUUCCAAAGUGGGGAAGUAGUUUCUGGAAGUGAUGGUAUUGCUACAUACUCAACAUUACAAACUGCUAAUGGCACACAGCUCAUUGCUGCUCCAACUGUUGACAGUACCACACUGCAGCAUGCUACUUUUCAUAGACAUCAUGUUAUGAACGACAACUUGAUGGCAGUGCAGCGUGUUGUUUCUCCAGUUGAUUGUACUGUGAGCCAGUCUACACUGAGUCUCCAAAGGGAUCAUGACAGUACUCACCAGGCUUCCACUAUUGGUUCUGUGAGUCAGCACCAACCUAUGGAAACUCUGAGUGGAGAACCAGAUACAACUCAAGAAGACAGCCAAGACUUUAGUUCUGCCCAAGUUGGUUCUGGUGUGACAUUCAGCACUGACAAUGGUAUUGAAGAGGCAAAUGAUGCUAAUGGUCUCCAUUCUACCAUAUCUAGUAGCAAUGGUAUUAGUACUACAACACGUGAGGUCUUGGGUGUAGCAGUUUCUGCUGUUAGCAGUGGACAGUUAUCAUCAACUGUGGAUGGCACCAACUCCGUGUCACCAAGUGUUGUCUUGGAAAGGGAUAUUGGUGUUUUUCAAAGAGUUGAGGCUGCCCAGUCUUGUAUAAUUGAUAAUUUUAGGCGGCAACAUCAUCUUAACUCAAUUAGUACUGAUGGUGUUGCUGACAGUUCUGCUGAAGUUGAUGCAGAUUUAUCAAGUGGUGCUCAUCUAGCAAUAUCUCAGAAUCUAGAAGAAAUUGUUGCUAGAUCUAACAAUGAUUCAGCUAAUGUUAGUAGCCUAAGCCAUGGUCCAAAUAAUAUUACUGGAGCUAGCAGUAGUGGACUUGGUAAUAUUACUGGACCCAGCAAUUUUUCUAGCAAUACUUCCGGAACUAGCAACACUGGGCCGAGUAAUAUCACUGGAUCUAGUUGUAUUUCUGCUAAUAUCAGUGGCUCUAUUAAUGGACUAGACAAUACUGCUGACUCUAACAUAAGCUCUGCCAACAUUGCUGGAUCAAGCAGAGGUUCUGUUAAUAUUGCAUCAAACAGGGUUUCUGGUAAUGCUGCUGCAUCUAAUAACAUUCUCAAUUGCUUAGAAGAAGAAAAAGAAAAUAUUCCUCAUUCAAAACGACAAUUGCGUAAAUCAAACCGCAUUGCCAAUAUGGAGGCCGAGUCAAGCUGGUCGAGUCAUCGCCGUCAAUAUAAACCUACCAAGGCAUAUAACCCUGAUGAACUUUGGUGUGAAGAAUGCAUGGCUACUUACCAAAAUGAAUGUCCAGAACAUCGCCUACAAAUUGUACCUGAUAAAGUAGUCUUGUCUCGGGCCUGGUCCAGUUUACCUCCAAUACUUCAGAUAUUUCGACUUGGUGAAAGUACAGAACUUGGAGUAUUUGCAAAACGUCCCAUUGCAAAAUCUACACAGUUUGGACCAUUUAUUGGUGAACCAGUAGCCAAUCAAAAUCAGCUGACAAACUGUCGGUUUGUUUUAAUGUUAGAGCGUGAAAAUAAUGAGUGUUUUUACAUUGAAAUGUCUGAUGAGAAUAAAUGUAAUUGGAUGAUGUUUGUACGACCUGCUGAGAACUUUGCUGAACAAAACCUUGUUGCUUAUCAACACUGUCAAGAUAUCUAUUUUACAGUUUCUAAAAACAUUGAGCCAAGGCAGGAGCUCAAAGUGUGGUAUGCAGCACAUUAUGCUGAACGUAUUGGAGCACAUGUUCUUGAUAUCACAGAUGAAGAUAUUGAAGCCUUGGAUGAACAAGAACGCAAAUGGCCUUGUUAUGAAUGUAAUAAACGAUUUAAAACAUCAGCUGCACUUCAGAAACAUUUAGUUGUUCAUGAAGAAAAUACAUCAAACCGCCAUCAAGAUGAUGACUUUAGUAUUAGAGGUGAAGCAAUGAUGCAGAAGAACCGACGUAAAGGAUUCUCUUUACAAGCAGGAACAUUGAAACGAAAGAGACGGCACCCAAAAGUGUCUGCCAAUGGAGAAAUCUGUAAUUAUCCUUGGAAGAAGAAAUCUUCUACAUUCUAUCUAAACAAAACACUGAAGAAAUAUCAUCGCAGAUUGGAUCAUGAGGCCCUUAGACGUCGAUCAUUAAAAUCUCUGUAUCGUAAGAAAGGCAAAGUAUCUGGUGGAAAUGAAUGGGUGUGUACACAUUGUGACCUGACAUUUGACAAUUCAAACUUGCUGAACUUACACACACUCACCCAUGCUGCUGAAGAUGUUGGCUUAGAUGAAGUGAAAAGGCUUGCUUGUGAUCCCAAUGAAGCAAAACCAGUGCUAGCAAAUGCCAGCCAACUACAACAGAUUACCAAUGGUGAUGCCAGCAAUGAAGUUGCUUCUUUGGAAGAGUCUGAUAGUGUCAUUACUUUAGACUCAGAUGUUUUGGCAUGUCCAGUAUGUUUUUUAUCCUUCCAAAAACAACAAGACCUUAUAGAACAUGCUAGUGUACAUGGCAAAACUAAACGCAAGAUGUUGCACAAUCCUCAACGACCACAUAAAUGUCAGAAAUGUUGGAAAGCUUUUAGUAACUAUGAACGCCUUCAGAAACACCUUUUGUGUCAUGGUGAUGAGAAUUCUAAACCACUUCAAUGUCAAGUGUGUUUUAAGCGCUUCAUGAAUAACUCUGCAUUGUCCUGCCACAUGAAGACACAUAGUGAUAAAAAAUAUUAUGAGUGUCCACUCUGUCAUUCAGACUUUGACCAAGUAGGUUCAUUAAAGAGUCAUGUGACUGAACAUGAAGAUGCCAAUGGUAAAUAUAACUGUCCCAUAUGUACCCGGGUAUUUGAUGAAUUUGUUACUAUUCGAAAGCACAUGCGUGCAUUCCAUUCAGCAAUAAAAUAUCCCUGCCCUGAAUGUGAUAAGCUAUUUCCACGGCCGGAUAAGCUGAAAUUGCACAUGUUACGACAUUCCUCUCACCGGGAGUUUAUGUGUGAAAGCUGUGGUCGCCAGUUCAAGAGAAAGGACAAAUUAAAAGAACAUAUGAAAAGGAUGCAUUCAGAAGAGCGUGAAGCACGAUUAGCAAACAAGGAAGAAAAACCAGUCAACCAUAAAAAAUUCAUCCCCAAAGUAUCACCUAAUGAUUAUCACCGUUUUAUAUACAAAUGUCACACAUGUCUCCUUGGUUUCAAACGGCGGGGUAUGCUGGUUAACCAUUUGGCCAAAAGACAUCCUGACAUAAAACCAGAUACUGUGCCUGAAUUGAAGCUUCCUAUAUUGAAAACUCAGAGAGAUUAUUAUUGUCAGUACUGUGAAAAAGUCUACAAAUCCAGCUCAAAGCGAAAAGCUCAUAUAUUAAAGAACCAUCCUGGAUCUGAACUACCAAUGAGCAGUCGGAAGAAGUCCCAAAUCCAUGAAGUUCCAGGUCAUCCAAACCCAACAUACUCCCAAAUGGUGGGGAGUAUUACCACAAUGCCACAUCAGUGUGAUUUCUGUCACAAGCAGUAUGCCAGCAAGGCAAAGUUGAUGCAACAUCACAGGAAAAAGCAUCCUGAAAUGUCACCUCCACAAUCAUCUGUCAAACGAGUGAAAGAAGAACACACAGCUGCAAUGUUGUCUGACAAUUCCCAUGGUGUUACUGAGGAGGAAUUUAUAGCUGAGGUGCAUGGUCCCGUUUCAACACAAGCUAUCUCUGACCAAUAUCAACAGGCUGAUCUCCUCACCCAAGCUAUGACUGAGCUGACACAAACGUUAUCUCAUGAUUACCAGCCUUCAGGAGAAUACUCAGUGGCUAGAGUUACUAAUACAGCUAACCCUACAGGCCAUACAGCAAUGGUUCAAAUUCAACCAGCACAAAUUGGCACAGUGUCCGUUGUUGGUGGUCAGCCAACAACAACAAUUGAACUCAGUCACCUUGGACAGAAUCUGGUGCAUACUCAACUGGCAGCUGCUGCAGCUGCCAAUCAACAACAACAGACUGUACAAACUAUUGCUUCACUUCCUGCUGCAGAUACUGGUCAAACACUGACCACUUCUCACCAAGCCAUAAGUUCUUCAUUGACUACAUCUCCUGUUUCUGUCAGUAUGACUAAUGCAACUUUGGCUCUGGCUAGGACUUGGAAUAACUUCAACUUUAAUUGAGCCAGUCAGACAGUUUGUCAAAAUGAUAGUGGGGCACUUUCUUUUCUCUUUGAAAAAAUUCCCUAUCUGCAAGUUUAUUGAGUGUCUGUUUAAAUAUUUAUCUGUAUGCUACUGAUCUGAGUCUUACUAAUAUUCUAUCUGGCUGUUUUGUGGGAUUGUUUUAGCUCUGCAUCUAUGCGUUUUGUAUUUCUGACAGAUGUUGUAUAUCUGUCCAAAUGUCUUGUUGAAACCAGUAGUUUUGUUUAUGUUGCUUCAUGACCAAAACGACUGCCCUUCUUCCAUCCUUUUCUCUGUUUCUUAAUGUGUCUGUUUGUCUCUAACAUUCUCUCUCCCAUACACCUCUCUCUCUCUCUCACUCUUUUGCGUACUUGUCUAUUCCUUAUUCUAUUACUCUCACCGUUUUGUUGAUGUUUAACUUUUUCUUUCACAAACAUGCACACAUACAUAUACAGAUUCUCAUCUCUCUGUUAGACAUGUAUACAUUCACACACACACUCAUUCACAGUUCUGUACUUCUGCUUUUCUAUUGUUUUUACUCACUAGACCUUAAGCAUUAUUGCCAAGCUGUCAUAUGUUCUAUGAAUAUUAUUACUAGCUAUAAGCCUACCAUGGUUUGAUGCUCUAGCUUCUCAACUAAUAUAAGAAAAAAAUGAAGACCUCUGAGGGAAAAAUCAAUAUUAAAAGGAAGAUAAGAAAAAGUAAAUUUGCAGACCAGAUGCCUAUUGUGUAUUUAGCUUUGUUCCUCUAUAUUCUGAAUUCAGAACUCACAAGUAUUUUCUUUGUCUUUCAUCCCUCCAGAGUGUACAAAAUGAAUAUCAGGCAUGAGCUGGGAUUGGUUCAAUUUACUACAUUCUUCCUCUACAAACUUGUGAUUUUGUGCCAGUAGAAAUUAUUAAUGAGGUUGUGACAAAUGCUAUAGAGCAAACUCCAUGUAAGCCAAGGCUAAAACCUGGUUUCAGUUUCCAGUUGAAGCUGAUUACUCUUCUUAUAUCAUAAUUGUCUUUGAUAAAGACAUGCAGUACACAGUUUUGCAUUUUCUCCCCACUAUAAAAUAAAGCCUUGUGCUUAUAUAAGAACUCAUUUUAAUUUUAUAUAUAAGGGGAUGAUGGGCAGUAAAAUUAGAAGAGCAUAACCAAAAUGCUUUGAGGUAAUUUAACAAUGUCCCUUUACACUCAAAUCAUACUGGAGUCACCUUUACCUUCUAUCCUUCCAUUGUUGAUAAAAUUAGUUCAGAAAUUAAUGUAAUUGAUUGAGCCCUAACAUAAUUAGUGGCCUUGUACCAUUGUUUGUAAUCAAUAUUAUUAGAACUUUACUAAAAAUGAGCCAUGCAGUAGAGGUAAUUCUACCUGUGAUUUAAGUUCAUAAUUUGAUAUCAGUAUUUAGAUACAGCCAGUUCCUGUUGUAAAUGCUAUUGAGGAAAGUGGAAAUGUUAGUACUUUUACCCCCACUACACUCUCAGAGUGGUUGGCAUUAGGAAGGGCAUCCAGCUGUAGAAGCUCUGCCAGAUUAAGAUUGAAGCCUGGUGCAGCCAUCUGGUUCGCCAGCCUUCAGUCAUUCGUCCAACCCAUGCUAGCAUGGAAAGCGGACAUUAAACGAUGAUAUAUACACACACACACACACACACACACAUAUAUAUAUAUAUAUAUAUGUAUUUCAGUUCACCUUGCUCUUGGCAACAGGCACCAGAUCUUUUGCGAAAAUCGCUUAUGUUAAAACUGAUAUUUUAUCCAGGUAAUUGAUUAUAUUUUCCUCUACUUAUCACAGUUUUCCAGAUAUCAAGUUAAUAAACUUGUUGAGACAUGUGGAGAUGUUAAGUAUUCAUUUACUGCAACUACUAAUACAAAUAUUGGAAGUGAAAUGUCCGAAUGGAUAAAGUAUUAGACUCCCAGCAUGUAGGUAAUGAGUUUAUGCCUGCCACAAAUGUAUUGUUUCUCUAGGUAGUACUCUUAAUUCAACUUGCCUCAAUUCAUGAGGUUAUUGGGAAUGAGUAUCAGAUCUUUUGAAAAUUUCACUCAUGAUAUAAACUGACAUCCCUUCUAAGAAUAGGUUCUUUUCAUCUACAUUACACAAAAGAAAUUGGAGCUAUACACCAUCUUUCUAAGCCCCUUGAAGCUCAGGGAUACAUUGUUUUACUACUAUUGUUACUACUCUUACAGAUUUCUUCUUGUUGCUUUAAGUAUUUUUAUUCAUUUAUGUCAAAGUUAUCAUCAUUGUUGCUAACACAAGUACUUAAUUAAUUAUUUAUGUGCCCUCUGAAUUUGGUAGUCACUCAAUUUGUGUUACUAAUAUCUAGUUUAGUGCAUCAUCUUUCUGAAAUCAGCUGUUGUCUUCGCUGAUUUUUAUUUUCCAUGCCUGGUUAGCUAUCAACACCAUUAAUAAACAGUUUACUUUGAUUGAUUAUGUACAACUUUACCUUCAAAGAAUUUGGCCUCUUAAGGCUUAUUAAAGAAGUAUAAGUAUUGGUUUAUUCCCAAGAUAUGAGCAUAUAUUUGUUGAACAUGCUGCAUUGUAUAGAAUAAGACACUGCAUUCCACCUAAGCUUCAUCUUGUAAUGAAAAAUCUUUAUCGUUUAUUUACAUCAUUAUGCAGAGGUAAAGUGGUAAAAGAAUAAAAUAUCAAAGUACAUGUUUGUGUGUUGAUAUAUUACCUAUUUAUUCUACAUUACCUCAGCUCUCAUGCCUGAGCAUACAGAUACCAGGUUUGUUUUAAGAAUAGUUAUUCAUGACUGUGAAUUCCCAGUUGGUAUCAGAAGAUUUGUUUGUCAUCUAUUUAAUGCUACAGGAACAUUAGGUAAGCAUUUGUUCUGUAGACUCAGAUGUAGUCUCAGUUUCAUGCACUAUGUUUGAUGAUUUAGGCACAAACAGACCAUGAUGGAAAAUGGCUUGUGUACAAUAAAUGACUUUAUCCUCACUGCUUCUCACAUUAGAAAUGAAAAACAAGCAAUAUGCCUGGUGCAAGAUAGCUUACCAUGUUGUUUUCAAGUUUAUUUAAUAUAACUAUUGUUGAGAGCAGUAACUAUGGCUGUGAUGAUAGGAUAUCAGAUGGAUAUUUUACUGUAGCUUAUUCAGUUCACUAUACUGUACAUAGAAAGUUUUACUUAUGUCAAGCCCAAAGAAAUCAGUAACUACUCAGCCCACAUUUUAUAUGAUUAUACUAUUUAAUAAUUUUAUUAAUAAUUACAACUACUGUUACUGCUAGUUUUUUUGUUUUUUUUUGUUUUUAAACUUAGUAAUGCUUCUAGUGUUGUUAUUAGCAUAGCAGUUUCUGAUAUUGUGUUGCUUUACAUAAUUCCAUUACUUUUUCUUUUUUUUUCUAACCAAGAUAACAUUGGUCUUGUCAUGUGUGUCAUGUAAAACUACUGCAAUCAAUGAACAAUGUGCAAUACUUGUGUCCACAACCACUUUUAUAUAUAAUUUAUACAUAUAUAUAUAUUCACAAACAUAAAACCAAAAUACAUAUUUGUUUUCUACAUGUACAUAGAGACAUACUAUCUAUUAUAUAUUUAUAUUGAUGUACAAGACACAUUUCUAUUACAAUCCCUCCUUUUACACAGGUGAUCAAAACAGUUAAGAUUGUUAACCUUUGUUUUCUUGAAGAGUGAGACUGAAAUGUGCCACCCCCACCGUCAUCACCACAAUGGUGAUAAUUCUUUUUUGUGUACCUACUCAGUAUUUAUAAUUGCCUUUCUCUGCUAAUCAUAGAGAAAAAUGGAAGAUUAAAAGAUCACUUUGAAUAAAUAAAGUUCUAUGUUCUUUAUCAUUUUUAAA